AUGUCCUUUCCGCGCCCAUACAGCGGCUUCAGUGCCCAGCUACACCUCCUCGUGCUCGAGGCGCCCGGCGUGCUGCGCGUCUCCUUCAACCGCAAGCCCGUCAACUCGUGGAUUGCCGACAUGUGGCAGGAGCUCGCCGCCAUCUUCCGGCACAUCCAGACGGACCCCGAGGUGGGCGCCGUCGUGCUCAGCGGCGAGGGCCGCUGCUUCACUGCCGGGCUGGACUUGACGGCCGCGGGCAUCGCCGCCGCGACUGAAGGCGAGACGGACGUGGCGCGCAAGGCAUACAAGAUGCACGCGUGGCUGCGCGACCUGCAGGACUGCCUCACCGCCAUGGAGGACUGCGACCGGCCCAUCGUCGCGGCCGUGCACAGCAUCGCCUACGGCCUGGCGGUGGACCUGCUGUGCUGCGUCGACGUGCGCUUUGCCGAGGAGGGCGCGCGCUUCUGCAUCAAGGAGGUCGAUGCUGGCCUGGCGGCCGACGUCGGCACACUGCAGCGCUUCCCAAAGGUCGUCGGCAACGACAGCGUGGCGCGUGAGCUGUGCUACACGUGCCGCGAGUUCGACGCCGAGGAGGCGCUGCGCAUCGGCUUCCUGAGCCGGGUUGUCAAGGGCGGCCGGGACGGCGUGCUUGCGGCGGCAAUUGAGAGCGCGGCGAUGAUGGCCACCAAGGCGCCGAUUGCGCUGCGGAGUACCAAGCGGCUGCUGCUGCAUGCGCGCGACCACAGCGUCGACGAGGGCCUCAAGUACACGGCUGUGUGGAACGCGGCCAUGCUGCAGAGCGAGGACAUUCCCGUCGCGAUGCUCGCAGUCAUGCAGAAGCAGACACCGACGUUCGCCAAGCUCUAG